UUGAAUCAUUUUAGCCGCUCUUUAAAUCUGUUAAUCUGUUGCUUUAACAAGAGUUUCGGAUUCGGUUGGGAACUCGAGGGUUCCGAUUGUAGAUAAGAGUGCGAGCGCGUGUUGAAUAUUUUUAGGAUGUUCGACGAUAUUAAAAGAAAGUUCGAAUCCGAUGGCUUCGCCGUCAUCGAAGGCCUCUUUACGCCCGAAGAGGUCGAAGAAAUGAAAAACGAAGCGAAAAAUCUCAUAAAACUCAUGCCAGGCGAGUCUAAACGCACCGUUUUCAGCGCCACGAAUCCUGAUACCCAACAGAACAAAGACAAUUACUUCCUCGACAGCGGCGACAAGAUAGCCUAUUUCUACGAAUCGGGCGCGGUGGGGGCCAACGGGGAGCUGCUGGUGGAGCCCGAGCUGUCUUUGAACAAGAUCGGGCACGCGCUGCACGAGCUCAACCCUGUCUUCAGGAAGUACACCUUCUCGGAGAGGAUCAAAGAGGCCGCCUUCCAGCUGGGCUUCGAGGAACCCGUCAUACCACAGAGCAUGUACAUAUUCAAAAAUCCCAAAAUAGGCGGCGAAGAAAACGAAUUAAUAGAAAUAAAUAGAAAAGUAACGAACGUAACGGCUCACCAGGACGCGACUUACCUUUACACAGAGCCGAUGAAAUUGGUGGGUUUCUGGAUAGCUUUGGACGAUGCUACUGUGGAAAACGGCUGCCUGUGGUUCGCCAGGAAAUCCCACAACAGCGGCGUGCAUAGGAGAUACGUUAGAAAUCCGGAUAAAAAUUCGGAAGAAUUGCUAAUUCACACCUCCGGGGCUCCCUAUUAUCCUAAAAGCAACUUCUCCGCCGUGCCGGUACCGAAAGGAAGUUUGGUUUUAAUUCACGGUCAAGUCGUUCACUUUAGCGAAGCAAAUAGAUCGAGUAAAUCUAGGCACGCUUACACUUUUCACAUAAUCGAGCAGAAAAACACCACUUAUUCGAAGGAUAAUUGGCUGCAACCGACGAGGCCAUUUUUAAAUCUAUAUAGGAAUUGAAAUGUACAUAAAUACCUAGGAAUAAUGGUUGGAGUUGUUUGUAUAUAAAGUUGCGAAAUAAAGUUCUAGUACUGUGAUGAAAGGUAAUUUAUAUGGUAAAAAGGAAGUAUGUAAAUUAACAACAAAAAGCUUUAUU